ACAGCUGUUCGUACUGUAUUUUUGUUGUCUGCUGUGCAGACUGUGUCGCGUCCGCGUGUAUGUUUGUUGGUAUUUCAAUUUAAUUUUGUUUUUGACUGUAGUCGGCUGUCUUUUAAACUUCCAGCUUUAAACUAUUAUUUAGACUAUGCUUUUAUCAAAUUAAAUAGUAUUCUCUACCAAAAAUUGACUAGUCAAUUUCUUGUGAAAAAGUAUACUUGUUGAAUUGGAAUCUCUUCAGCAUCAAUAAUUAUAAGGAUGGGACAAGUAGGCUUCGAAGACUGUGAUACACCUUUAAAUACUCGUUUAUCUGCAAGAUAUAAAAGGAGUUUUGCGUACCCUUCAUUCAAAGAUAGAGUACCAGUUAUCCUGACAAAAGUAAUUGAUCAUCUAGUGAGAGAUAAGGAAUCGAUUAUAGCACAUUUUGGUGAGAAAGCUCGUGAAGAGGUGAAGAAGGUCAUAGGUUGUGUUUCACAAAUGAAAAAUGAAUUGCAGACCGAUAAGCCUUUGACAGAGCUCAGUUCAUUAGGGAGUGAUCAUGAACUUUGGAAUAGAAUUUUUAGAGAAAAAAGCAAAGAGUAUUCUCGUCCUCCUUCAUGGUUCCAGACUGAGUGGCUCUAUGCUGAAUGUUAUCUCUACAGGCGGCUUCAUGAAGCAUUUCUCCAAACAGAAGCCAUAAGACAUCUGGAUCCUUUCCAUUGGCAAAAAACUAAAGCACUUGAUAACUCACUAAUUCAGGCUGAGAUUUUAGCGCAACGUAUGAAUAAAAUUGUGUCUAAUAACCAUGAUUCUUCUGAGCUGGAGCAACUAUUCCACGAGUUGUUGAAGAUAUCGUUGUGGGGAAAUAAAUGUGAUCUUUCACUCUCUGGUGGCACAGAAAUCAGCCUCCAAGACGAUCCUCUAAAUCAAGUAUCGCAAUUUGACUCAUUCAUCCUAGCAGAUGAUACUAAGUGCGUUCUUAAGCAUGUAGCUAACACUCCUAAAGGAACUAUAGAUUUUGUGUUGGACAACGCAGGCUACGAGGUCUUCACUGACCUGUGCUUGGCUGAGUUUCUUGUUACCAAAUACGACGAGAGAAAUGUGUUGUUCAGGACUAAAGCUUUUCCCUGGUACGUGUCUGACGUAAUCGCCAAGGAUAUUCAUUAUAUAUUGAACACUCUCAAAGAGAAGAAGGGUGCAUUGGCGGACUGUGCGGAUCGCUGGCAAUCUCUGUUUGACUCAGGUAAAUUCAAGAUAGUCGAAAAUCAGUAUUGGACAACACCGCACGUUUACGCCGAUAUGGAGGAAAUCGAUCCUAAGCUGUACGCCGAACUGAAAGAAUCAAAAUUGAUCAUAUUCAAAGGCGAUCUGAAUUAUCGCAAACUAGUCUCGGACAUAAACUGGCCGCCCACAACUGCAUUCAGCCAAUGCCUGAAGGGCUUUCAUCCGGCCGCGCUGGUCACGCUACGCACUUUGAAGUGCGACACGAUUGGCGGCCUGCCGCCCGGCAAAGCUGAGGAGGCCGCUGCGCGCUCGCAGUCCUGGAUGCUCACUGGAGACUUCGCCGUCAUACAGUUCCACAGCUAACACACCAUUAAGUCCGGCAAUCACGUUUUCUAUUGAAAUAAAGUGGCUCCAAAUGUUGACUCAAAACGUAAAGUCUCAUGUCUGCUGUAGAAUUGAAUCGUAAAUGGCAGAAAUUUGUCCUUGCCUGUUGCGAGAAAUUGAUAUCUCCUGGAAUAAAAACAAAAAUGUAAUUGAUUAAUAUGAACUGUACUCUGAAACUGCAAAGAUCCCUAUUAAUCUUAUUUUUCCCUUAUUGAAUAAACUACGGUAUCCUUUUAAUCGUGCAUUAAAAAUUACAACAGAGGGGAAAGUAAAGUAGUUACUUAAUAAUUGGGUUGAAUUUAAUCAAUCAAAAAAUUUAUAGGAAUGGUA